UCAAAAAUACGUGUAGUUUCCACACGUGUGUGCUAUAAACAACGUUUGUAUGACCAUUUCUAGUAUCCUAUGCAUAUGCAUAUUGGGACUGUAUAAAAUUUCAAUAUCUUGCGGAUAUUAGGACCAAAUUUCAUCCCUGCUUGUUCAUCCAUAGUGCUGAUAUUCGCGAAUACUUUCGGUGACUUUUGCAUUGGUCACACAUUUUCACGGUUUCCUGUCGAAAGUGUGGAGGGACCGUUGAAAGCAAGAGGACUAGGAGCUACUCCCAUGUGGUAACCAGGACUAACUUACGAUGGGUUGCUCUCAGGGAGCCAUAAUUCUAUGGCUGAUAUCUUUGUUAGCUUUUAUGGAUCAAAUAGGGUCGAAUCGUUUGACAGACUGUGAAGUGAAAAAGGGAUUUACAUCACCGUAUGUUGAACCACUCUAUCAACAGACGCUCAUUCCUACUGGAUGUACGAGCAAGUCAUUGGCGAGAUCAGGGAGGGAGGUGCAUGUUAUAAGUGUGCUCAACUCACCCGAGAAUACAAUCAAAGUGAAAUUAAUGCCCAUGGAUAAAACGGAUGGUGUACUGGACAGGCAACUGGUAGUUGUCCUGCACAGUAUCCAACCCGUAACAUGGCAGAUCAUGGCGGAAAAUAUCAUCAACCAAACACGACGUAACGUAUUCCUGGUUUCGUCGCGGUCGCGGUUGGAGAACUUGACCAAGAUCAACAUCAAGCGACGGAGAACGGACCAGAUGCCCGAGAAUGACCAGCUGCUGUACGAUUGGGUGGAACAAAAGUUCCAUGCCGUGACGUCGUUUUCUCAAGUGCGGGAGGCAAACAGCAUCAUCAAGCGUGUUGGAAUAGACCCAUCUUUACCCGCUGAUUGUCACAUCGUGAGCAACUUCCAGACCACUUCCAUUCAACUUGCCAUGAUCCACAAGCAGAAGCUGGUCCAGGGGUGUGUCGUGCCCAGUGCCGUUCCUCUGGGAAGAAGGGAGGUCCACAUUAUUGAAGUCCACUCCUCAACCGUGGAGCAGUUUGGAACUCACACUGACAUCACUGUCGACAUCUCUCCUCUUCUCCCCAGUAAAAUCCUGACCAAGAACAUGGUCUUGGUUCUUGUGGCUCAUCGCUCUGCAAACGUCAUUUGGAAGAUCAACUCCAGGAAUCUGCGGGGAAGGAUUGACGUUGUGGGUAAUGACCUGAUGAACACGACUGGUGUUGCAUCCAUGGCUGUGACAGUCAGGCAGGACAACAUUGGCAGGGAGAGGGUGCCGCUAAUCAACUGGGUGAAGAACCAGUACGGCUUGCCGAGGUCUUACACUGAGGUCAGCCUGGCGAAUAGGAUCAGUAUCAGACUGGACGAGAUAGCGCCCCCUAGCACUUACAACAGAACUAACCGAACCAGCCGACGGCGGUCACCUUUCUUGAACCCGGAUGAGACGCGAUCAGCGUUACAGAAGUCUGUGAUGGUGACGUGUUUUAAGUCUGGCAUGCAGGUGACAGUGGCCAAGGCGAUUGUUCAGGUUUAUGGUGUGAUCAGGAACCACAUCUCAUUGGCAGACAAGGCAUGUCCCGCCAGCGAGAACCAGACUCACUACAUCUUGAACACGAUGUUGGACGGUUGUAACUCGAGGCGCAAGGAGAUUCCUGCUGGAGUAGAGUUUAUCAACUCUGUUGUGAUCUCCAAGCUUCCCCAGGAUGAUUCCAUUCCGGUAGAGGCUGGUAGCGCCUCCUAUCAACACGACGAUGCCUCGGGCGACGGGAUGAUGUCAGAUGACACGCGCAUGGAUGACGAGGAUCUGUACGAAUCAGAUGAUCGCAUCUCAUACCAGUUCAGCUGUGAAUAUUUGUCAUCUGACAAGGGUUUGCCAAAACAGAGCCCGCCGGUAUUACCAAGUUUCCCGCGCCACAAGAUCACUCAGCAGCAUGACGACAACCACGGCAAGAGAGAAUUCGGUCUGCGACUUUACGGAGACAGCAAAUUCCGCCGCCUGCUCUAUAUGUACCCACUAGCGGUACGCGAGGGAGAGAGGAUCUUCAUAGAGGCAGACCUUACAGGAGAUACCCGCCUGCGGGUGAACAUCCAUGCGUGUUGGCUGUCACGGACAGCGGGUUACCAUGACAAUGAGGAGAAACACUUGUUGAUCGACAAUGGAUGCCGGAAGGACAACACGGUCCAAUGGCACAAGGAUUCCAGUGAUGACAUGUCGGCCGUGGUCCUCCUCCAGAGGCAGCGUUUCAGCUUCCAGUUAUUCAAAUACUUCUCAACAGCGUUUGUGUUCCUUCAUUGUGACCUGAUGCUGUGUAGUCGCGAUGGUGUGUACGGCAGGCCAAGCAUUCAGAAGUGUAUGCAACCCAAUGAAUACUGCGUUGCCCAGAGCCAGAAGACAGGCUCAGACUCGUCACAGAAUAAGCAUUCUAUCUUCAAGGGACCGUUGAAGAUAGAAGCGUCUGACGCGGCCAACGUGCCCAUACUCAACAAUAAAAACUAUAAUAAUGACGACAUGAUGGCAGGUCUCCACCCGCGACCAUCAAACACGAAAGAUAAAGAGACGGUGCGACCAAUCAUCGUGCAGGGACUUGACUCGGGAACAGUCAUUGGCAUCGCGUUUGCGGCGUUCAUCAUAGGAGUUCUUCUCACCGCCUCGUUGUGGUAUAUCCACACACACACGGGCCCCGGCACCAAGCAGCACAAGCGCAAAAUGGCGCGGCGGCGUGGAGAGAGCAGUGGCGAGUCAACACCUAGCUCGUCUGUUCCAAUGGCGGUGUAAUCUUUUUAUGGACUGGGGCUAUUCUGAGAAAAUUUCACAUAAUUAGAACAAAAUUGACUUAAAGUGUCUCAACUUUGGAGUGAUUAUAAGAAAUGCUUCGUGAAAUUUUUAUCGGCAAUUCAUUAUAAUCUUGAUAUUGUUCCUGUCAAUGAUAAUAUUUACAAACUUGGCAGAAUAAUGCCUGUGGUAAGAAUCAUUGUUGAGCAGAGUGAUUUUCAACCUUGGACGUUUACUUUCGAGGCAUUUGUAAUUUUUGAAAUUUUCGAGAAUAAUUUUUGUGGAGGCAGAAUGCGUCCUCAGUCCUCAAAGAUUAACCUCGCGACUUGUGUACUCCAAGACGCAUUUAUUGUAUUCUUUAAGCAGCUGAUGUCAAGUCAGGUUUACAGUUGCCAUCUUGGAUGCAAAUCCAAAAUGGCGGCAUGCGGUGGUGCGCCUAAAUUUUCACCGGUUUAAGUCCGCUGAAUUUUGGGUUUUCGAAUCUCAGGUGACAUAAUAUAAUUUAUAAACCCAUAAUGCAGUGGUGCAAUUUAUGUAUAAAGCUCAGGACUGAUUUUUAAGACGAUUUAUUUGAUUUGCGGGUAUGAUACAAGUCGCCCUGUUUGCUCUUUUUGCCAUGAAAAACUAAUAUUAUAUUUUGUGGCAAAAACUCUGUCAUAUAACACGACAAGUCGUGUCUUCAUAUCAUGCUCAUAAAAAUGGUUAAAAUCUACAUUUCAUGAUUUCUUACGAUUUUUGAGUUGUACUCAAACUUUUCUGAAAUUCAGAAUUUCCUCUAGGUGAAAAUUUAACGGUGCCGCCGUAGAAGUUUUCUGAGGUCAGAAAUGUCUGUCAUCAUACCUCAAUAGUGUAACUACCUCUGUGGACAGUCUGGUCUUAUGAGCGUCGUACUUGCUUCAAGAAAUUUAAACUCAGGUUUUCAAGGUCGAUGGGCCGAGAGUGCUGAGAGCACUGUGGGCGAGGGUGAGAUAUUUGUACCUCUUUAGUCAGGAGAGUAUGGGUCAUAUUCGGUCAGACGGGAAGAUAAAAAAUAUGAGUAAGAAAGUAUGAUAAAUUCUUUGACUGUUUUCAAGCAAGGGCAUAUAGUGUUAAGAUGAAUGCUUGGGACACAGUCGAAUGUUAUUUGAGUGCUUGUUGUAGAAGCUGAGGUAAAUGUUCUGUAUACAAGCAAAUGUACUGAUACUGGUACUCGGUAUGUGAGCUAGAUUUCACGAGCUUGAGUCCUCUUGUGAGUGUACUCUGUAUACAAGCUAGAGUGCUCUGUGCACAAGCAAUGUACUCUGUAUACAAGCUAGAGCACUCACUACUAAAGUUUUAGCCCUGUGUAUACAAGCUUGCGUGCUCUGUAUAUGAACCAGUGUAUGCGGUAUAUACAAGCUAAUGUACUCGGUGUUCGAGUGAGUGUAGUUUGCAUGAGCAGUGAGUGUGCUCUACUUUAUUCUGAUUAAUGAAUCUGAUUAGCACACUUUCAAAGUAUAUAGAAUACUACUAUCGUAUUUCACAGGGCAUUAGAAUCGCAUUGUUCGCAAAGUGAACAUAGAAAUGAAAGAAGCGGGUUUUGACGCAUGUGACAUGUGUGCAGGUGAACAAUUACGACGAGAAAAGGUACGCUAAUCAGGAACCACGACUUUUUGUUUCAAGUUUGAUGAUUUUGUGGUUGAAACGGGUAUUUUAUGAUAUUAUGUUUAUAAGUGUAGUGUUGUUGAUGUGAGGUUGUGGGGACAUCUUUCAUAUCGGUGAGUCAGAAGGACUGUUGAUACGUUCAAGGUGAACUCACAGCCUCUUCAUGUAAAUCGUUUGUGUUGCAUGCAAAGAUAAUGAAACCUUUUUGGACCUAGGCCAAUUUUGUCUCUAAAUUGAGAAAAACGAAAUACUUCUUUGUAUAAUGUGCUUGUUGUGAGCGUAUCAUCGAUGUGCCAACAAUUUCAAAUCUUGAGAAAUUUUUCAGAAAAUUCAAAAUUGAUUUCUUUCUAAAAAUGCCCUCGGUCCCUGAAGGCUUAGACUUAUAGUUGUUGUACAGUGAGUUAAAGCCCUAGAGUUGGAAUCAUCUGGGUCUUUAAGGUCUACCUCUGCCUUCAUAGGGUAAUUUAGCUAUGAUGGAAUCGAAUGAUUUUUGUAUAUUUAAAUUGCUACUGUUAUUACUGUAUAUCCCAACUGGGAAAAAGGAGCUCAAGAACAUUUUCUAAUUAAUGUCAUGGGUCGUGAUGCGGGGCUCGGGGUUCCGCGGUCAUUUUCUAACUCUAGGUGAACUCUGUUGCAGAAUUUACUGUUGCGUCAUAUUUGUGUAUUUUUGGCUUUAGUAUGCUGUUAGGCAACCAGGGGGUGCUCAGGUAACAUUAGAGCAAUGGUUCAUUUGGUAUAAGGCCUUAUAACUCAUCCUUAAAAUUAUCAACUUAUCAACCAGUAAGACCAUCCGGUUUGAUUUAGUGUGGAAAUAGCCAAAAGUUUGAGAAAUCAAUGCAAUGGCAGCCCCCCCUGUAUGAUAAAAACAGUUUUGCCAAGAUAUUGUUCAGGUUGCCUAUCAGUGUGAUGUUUAUUGUUCGUUUAAGUGAUUAAACUAUUUUGCCCAGCAACUCCAGGGAACUUCAAACAAAAUGCAGUUGACAGCUUUGUCAUCCCAUGACUGUUGAUGCAUUCUUUGUAAAAGGCCUAAAAUAUGAUUUGGAGAGAAAUUUUCUAUUAAGAAAUUGUGAGCUUUUGGUAACUGUGUUUUCUAUCUGAAAAAAUGUCUAUUUGUGCAGUAUGUCGAAUAAAAUUUCACUAAUUAACUGAUCAUCGCUAUGUAACGAAAUGCUAAUUAACUGAUUGUUGCUAAUUACCGCUGGUCACGGAAAUGUCUUCUGUUGACCUCAGGAAUUGUACAGUAAAAUUAUUGGGAGAUGUUUGCGUGAUCAGCUGGGAAUAAUCGACUCAUUUGUUUAGACUUGGUGUGAAAAAUAGUAUUUUUUUCCGGAACAAUCUUUUCUGAUAUAAUGUCAGCAGAUGCUAGGCAAUCUUCUCUGGCCCAGUUGCUCAUCAUUUCAUUGUGUACAUGUAGACUUAAAGCUUGAUGUAAUAGGCUUCGUGACAAAGGGGACUCAUUGAAAGGUGUUUCUGAUUCAUCAAUGAAAUUGACAGAAAUUAAGGUAUUAUAAAUUCGUGUUCAAAUUUUGAUAUUAUGAAAAUCAUGUAAAGUUUUCAUGACAGCACCCUUGGUCAUUUAUGUGUUAUGUUGAAUCUAAAAACUAUCUGUGCUUCCAGUAAACUGAUCAACAGUUCAUUUUCAAUUCAAAAUUGCUCCUUUGACUUUGCUGUAAACCGGUGUAUGGUGUUGUACUUAAAAACAUUGAACAACUGGGCCGCUCAUACUUUGUGUUACUCUGUUCUCCACCAGGCGUCGCUUCAUAGCUUAUUCAACACCGGCAUAAUUUGACCGAAUCUGUCAAAAGAUUUUGGACGGAACUGGAGAAGGAUUAUUCAGAUGGUAAAUCGGAUGAACUUCUCUUGAAAUAUUUUCCCACUCCUUUCUUCAUUUUUGAGAAAAUUUGAGCAGAGGGUGUGGUCUGCUCAAGUCGGGGAUUGAACAAACACCCUUCCACACCUCGUUUUUUGGGCAAUUUCAAAGAAAUGAAUGUCGUCUGCUCAUGUUGGGCUGAAUGAAUUGAGGAAAAGUAGGAAAAGACGUCUGCUGGAGAACAGUAUUAUAAAUCCUGAAUUUGGGCAUUGACUUUGUUAUACUCUUGGUAUUAGCUGCUGCAAGGUUUUAGAUGCCACUUUUCGUGGGUAAUGAACUCAAUUCAACUAUCAGUAAAUUGGUUAUUGAUGUGAAAUAUCAAGUCAAAUUUAGGUAAUCAAUGCUAAUUCAUUAAAAUUGUAAAAAUUUGAAAUUGUCACUUCCAAUCAACAAAUUUCGAUGAAAAAAGAUGUGUUCAACGGAUCAUCUGAAUUUUGUGAGACAUGAGUCACGUUUGGUGUUUGAUGGUCAAAACGUCACAGUAUUCUUCGCUUGGAUGACUACAUGUAGCUCUCUUGUUGAUUUCGUAUUAAAAGAAAAUGUUGAAAUUGAAGGCAGCUAAUUAGGUAACUCAGUCAAACAUUGAUGCGUUUAGCUUAGGUGCCGACUGUACCAUGCGAACACAAGACAGUCAUAACCAUGACGAUGGCAUCCAUGUCUGGGGCGGGAAAUUAUGGGGCAGCAUUUUUUGUACGUGGGUGUUUAAUUUCACGGUGCAUUCUAUCCUCAGUGUUUAUAUUUUGGGUUUCCUCUUAGGCAUCCACUUCAACAUAUCGUUGGUCAAGUUGUGACAGUUCUGUGAGAAGUUUAUCAUGUGUAGGCUUUUCAACACCAAUGGCAAGCAGCCUGGUAUUCAUAGAAAUUGCGACAUUAUACCGAUAUUUACAUUCUGUGGCGAAGGUUAUUCUCACCCUGUGGGACUUUGUGAAAUUUGGUUUCAAAUUUGGAGAAUUUCCAGGAAGAAAAAUGUCUACUGUGAGUAAGCAUUAUAUCCACUCGGCCGAGACAUCAUGCCACAAAUCGCCCCUUUUGAAUUGUAACGCAAAUGGUGAACCCUCAAAAUGUAUUACGCUUAUAAAUGAAUGAAACCAUUCUUGUGAAAAGGGUGUGAAAACACGUAAAAUCUCACUUAUCCGUUCAUGAUUGUAAUGCCUUUGGAGUGUGCUUUGCAAUUGUCACAAAGAAACCAUGGAUUUUUGAGGUUACAUAAAAUUCCACAUUUUCACAAACGUCUUGCAGUAGCAACAGUAGCGUAACUCAGUGGCAAUGGCACUCGACGGUGCUCAUAAAAUACUCACUCCUGCCAAGCCACAGGGCGGCGCUACGGGGUGCAUUUAAAAUCAUCACGAAAAAUAUUUUUAUAUCUUCACUAACAUUAGAUAAUCAUUGUAUCGAAUAUAAGCUUAAUAAUAGUCACUAUGACGAGGUUCUAAUUGGUUGUAAAUAUAAUAUUCAAAUUUGAAGUUCAUGUUCGAUUCUUUUGGGUAUUAUAAUCUAACGUGUGACUGUAACGACAGGCGGUCUAUUUUCAAUUUGACAUUGUAUAAAGCGGUAUUUGUUCGUAUUGUGUGUAAAGUGGUACAAUCAUACCUGUCAAUCGUUGAAUGUUGAAAUGACCUGGGCAUCAAACUCCAGAAUCAGCGGGAAAAAUCUCAACCAGAUUUGAAAAUAUAGAUAUUCUGACUUUGAUGUUUCCUGCAGAAUCUUGAGCAAGAAUUUGUCCAGUUUGGUGCGCAGGUCCUGUGUUGUAGAUAGGAUUCUCAGUAUAAUCCAAGUAUAUCUAGCAGUUCUCCAUUUAAGGCUUUCUCUUGUUGGUUGUGACAGGCACCAUCUUAGAAUAACCUCUCUCACUGGGUGAUAUGAAUAAAGUAUAGCAAUUGCUUUUACUUCAGUUUUGUACAGAAAGGCCCAGUGUAAAUGUACAUGGAGUUUUAGAUAAAAGCAUUUGCUAGUCUUUAUUCAUAUCACCCAGUAUCUACAGCUUCAUGCAAGAAUGUUUGACUCGAUUCAAAUGAAAAAUUUGUAACAUUUGUUUCCAAGUAAAAAAACUUUUUGAAGAAUUUUUUUUUUUUGAAGGGAAAGUUUUUCAUAUUGACGACAUUAGUAAGCAGAUUCGGCAGCCAAUCAAAAGGCAGCUUCCAUGUGUUGCGGGAAAUAUUGAAAUUUUUGGAUAUUUUUUCGUACUUUGUGACCGUGACAUAUGGAUUAGAUAUAGUCCUUCUAAUCUCUCUGCUUGUCUUUAUUGAUCCUAUGAAAUAAUCUCGCAAAAAUUGAAAUAUAAUGGCCAUUGACGAGUGAAACAAUUGACUACUUAACACUGUAAACAGUGGAAGGAAUUUCCUCUUAAACUUGAUCACCAUGUCAACCAAUGAACCUUUAACGACCAAUAAGAGAACGCCUUUGUCUUUUACCUCAUUGUGUAAAUAGUGUGGCAGGUAACGCCAUCGUUUAUUGCAAAUUGAAACUACAAUCACUACAUUUACGUUAUUAUAAUGGCAGCAGUUCAUACAUAUUAUCGUUGCAUGAGUGUGGUUCCGUAUCUGUGUUUAGAAACUAGGUCACCAUCCGAGAAAUUAGGUCGUUGUUACGUGUACGGUACUCCUUGCAACUGCUGCGUAUGACAUUUUGUUGUGGAUUAUGGUAGCUGGAAUUACGAAUUUACUUGCAGUUUUUUGCAGGAAUUGUAAAUUUAUAUGAAAAAUGGCAGACAAUGUUAAUUCCUUCUUUAGCACAUUCUGGCACGCUUUCUGACAUGUACGUCAUCUUAGAAAUUAUUUUUCUACACUUUGAGCGAAAAAUUUGAUCAAAAUUCGAUAAAUGUCAAUUUAGCAUGUCUUGGCAUAUAAACCUUCACCAGAUCAACCUGGGUACUCAUGUAAACAGUUCUGUAGACUUAUUGUAUCUCUACCUCCUUUGUCAAAGAGUGUGAGUGUUUUCUGCCGUCAUUGAUCGAAUCUUGCUGAAACACCGCCCCUUUUGUCUUCCGAAUACAAAAGACUUAGGCCAGGCAGCAUAAGCAUCUUAUGACUAUUUUAGAUAAAAGGGGGCGUUUCAGCACUAUUCACUGAAGACAGACAUAUAUCUAUGUAUUUCUACUUCACCUUCCAGAAUCCUCUACAUGUACUAUUUGUUUUUUGUAUCGUAACGAAUAAGGUGCCAAUAGUGAAAAUUCAGAAAUUAUCUCAAGAUGGAUGAGGCUUAUGGAGCAAAUGUUUUUAAUCAGAGCAAAAUGGAGAUUUUGCAUCAAUACUUAGAGAAAGUUUCUUCAAUGGUUUUCGUGACUAAGUUAUAUACUACCUCUUUGCUAUUAAUGAAUCCCAUGACACAUAAACAUAAAUUGUAUAUAGUUUGAUUUGAAUGUAAAAUUGUAGUUUAUAAGUCUAUCCUGUUUAAUCUGUACACUUUUAAGAGUAAAUUUCCAGUAAGAUCAGGUUGAUGCAGAAUUUAGUUGGUAUUUUGAAUAUUACAGGAUAAAUUCGCCUGAAAUAUUUGUUAGAACAGCAUAACUGAUAUUAUGGUUAUUGUUGGUUGAGUCUUGCAUUAAUGACACAUACACCAGGUUUUACAAAGGCCGAUUCAUUACCUGUUGAUGUUAUUCAUUAUCUAGAGGUCAUAUUCAUAAACCUUGUGGUAAUAAUUACCCAUUACCUCAUGGAGAUUUACAUUUUGUAGUGGUAAUAUCUAUUACCCUCUGGUAACAACAUUUUUCUGAUAGAGGAAUUGCAAACUGAAAAUGGCAGGAUAUAUCAAAGCUAUCCAGGUUUCAUCAUAAUUCUUCCAAGAAAAAUAUUUAAUUUUGUUCAGGGGUUAUCAUAUUAUAGACCAUCUAGUUCUUUUCCAUAUGCUGUCUACGGCCUCCACUCACCAUUGGUACACUCUCUGUCAAAAGUAAAUGGCCCGUUGUUUUUUCUUUCGUAUUUCUAAAGAUAUGCCUAGGUUGAGGCUUAAACUGUAUUUUGUUAUCAUCAAAUGUCACGUUUGAAUAUCGAGAUGUAAAAAUUGCAUUAGCAGAAAAGGAUACAUACCUUCAGAGUCCUGAGAGACAAACUAUUGGGUGUUUACUUUUGACAAAGACUGUACUUCUGACUUGACGUGAAUAAUCUGGUCAAAGUCGUCUCUGACCUAGCAAUGUAUAUUACUUUUAUUUUGUGAUUAUUGCAUUAUUUGAUUGUUACUACCUCAAGACGACUCACCCGCAGACGCUGCUACUCAGUGUAAACAAUACCUCAUGCUUUGACCAAUCACAGGCUGACACGAUCAAUAACAAUGUGUAUCAUUUUAGGUUGGAACAUGUUGCUUCGAGAGACUUGUGUAAAGUCUCCUACUACAUUGGAUUUUGAGCAGAUAUCGGAAAAUUUGCAAAAACCCUAUCAUAAUGUAUAUGGCACUGUCAACUCCCCAGGUAUUUGAAUGUUUUGACUUCUCUUACCUCAAAUACAAGAUGGCCACCCUAAUCCAAGAUAGCCAGCCUAAUUCAAAAUGGCCACCCUAAUCCAAAAUGGCCGCAGAAUUACCUGAAACCUGCUUGAAAUUAAAACCUUAAAUGUUUGCAUUGUUGUCGUUCUGUUUGCAGUCUUAGGCGUGUGAACUGGUCAAGUGGCCGGAUCAACACUAGCAGACUCCAGCUCACAAAGGCAGCGUUGUACAGGCAGACGAUUGUGUGUUUUUUUUCAUAGUACAGAUAAGAGCUGACUGGGGCAACAGUUCUGUUGCUCGGUUGGUGGAUUGUUUUUGUAGUACAGAUGAGGAAGUUUGACACAGCAUUACUCUUUUAGGACUUUGGCGGUGUUCAGUUUUAUACUGGAAUUAUUGUACUACUAUUGUGUCACCAGUAGUGACUGUAUAAAUGUACAUGCUACUUUGCAUAAAUGCACAGGAUAUUGUGCAUAAAUGCACAGGGUACUUAGCAUAAAUGUUGAUGAUCCAAACAGUUGCUAGAUAGAUAAACAGUCAGGAGAACAUGAUGACAAGAUCAUUUUGAGUGGGCCGUCAGCAAUUUAUAGUUUUAAGACCAUUAGUCCUUUAAGGGUAGUGCUGGCCUCUGGAGUGUACUUGGAUAAGUGACUGUUAGGUGUGGUAUGCCGCAAUGCUAACUUCGACAAUACUUCUUUUGCAAAAACUUACUUUGAAAUGCUUUAUUCGGUAACCCAACGAGGUCACAACUGCUUUUGUGGCAUAGUUCUGACAGAAGUGGGGCUAUUCCCUGUGAAUUUGGAAAAUUUCAAAACUUUCAUCAUUAACGGGCAAGAAUGUACUUUAUAAAUAUGAAAAAAUUAUGUGCCAUAGCCUUACUGCUGAAAAUGAGAAUAGAUUAUUGUAUUUAAAUCUAUAUCAUCUUGACGCAACAUGAAAUCUCUUUAAUCAUGAUUAAAAAAGUUUGAUAUUUGAAAAUAAGUAUCCAUAUUGCUUAUUGAUUACCUCUAAUGAUAGCUGUUUAUGAUACAUUACAUUUUGAAAUUAAUUUAUUGCAAAAAUAAAGUGCCAUAUCAAUAAAUAUCGAAAGCCAGAGUUAUGUGCUGUCAUUUUCUGCCCUGGAGACAAAUUAAAAUUAUGAAAUGAAUAUCUAAGUUUUUGUAUUGUUUGUAUGUAUAUAUAUUCUGUUCAUCUUUGAGUAUGCUAAUUACCCUCCAUGUGCUAAUUAAUUUGGUUUGUGCUGGGUAAGAUGACGCUUUUCAUUUACACCUUUCAGUCAAAAACUUAACCAAUGAUUAUUUUUGGCAGCAAGGUGAUUUAAAUGUGCAUGCCACUUACGAACCUUUGGUGUCAGUCUGACAUUAAACUCGAUAGUGCUUGAUAUGUUUUCACACAAUACCAUAGCAUGAAUAUUGAAAAACUUCCAAGUCGUCUAAACGGUUGUUGGGAGUAUGACUCAACGGUUACAACCAUAAACCCAGGGAUACAUUCUAGUCUUGCCACUGAACAAUAGGUGGCACAAUAAUCUUCCAACGGGUAAGUUUGUGUACUAUAAAUUGCAAACUUCUUUUCUCGGGUAAAAUUUGAGUAAGGUGUGAAAAUUAUGAGUAUUGUAGAUUUUCUGCAUAACCAAGUGUAAUAUACCAUUUGUAAAUGUUUUGCGCUGAGGACUAUUUUGAUGUUGGUUAUUCAGAAAGUCUACAGAUGGCACUUGAUAGAUAAAUGACGAUUAUUUUUGUGAUUUUGUUCACAGUUUGUGAGUUUCAGAGCUGUGAAAGAUCAUCAACCAUUGGCAUAGUGAACUGAAUUCUGUGCAGACUGGCAAACAGAAGAAAUAGGAUUAAAAACUGUCUGUUUGUGGUAGUAGCUUUAAAAGGUUUCAACUUUCUAAAUCAUCUUGAUGAGCAUUUUGGUUCAAUCUCAUCCUGUAGUAGGUGAACCUGAAUUUGUGUUGGGUUAUUAAAAGGAACUCUUGAAAUCUACUCUUAACAGAUUAUGUCAUUGUUACUCGUGGUAUCUUUGUGGAGUCGUUUACAAUGGACAUUUGUAAAUGAGGAAUAAAAUAUACAUUUUAUGAAUGAAUACGUA